AUGUCUGAGCCAGAUUGUACAAAUAUGUUAAAACAAUCAGAAGAACAACUAAACCAUCAUGUAGUUGUCGAGUCUCAUUUGUAUAAUAAUAACACUGGGCAAUCAUCUCAUUCACAGCAUGACGAGGAUUCAUUCCAACCUCAAACUCCAAUAACUCCGCACUCGCCUUUUACUCCCUCAUUACACUCGCCCUCAGAUUUGGACCAGCUAAUAACAAGUAAAUUACCACAAAAAGAAGAAACAGAACAAAAUGUUGUUUCUAAAG